UCGGGCGUGGAGACUUUGGGAAGUCGGGGGGUCUCCCCGGCCACGGCUCCCAAUGGUUGCGACGUGUAGCCAACUCUCGAUGAAGUGUUGAGGGUUCGGCGGCCCUGCCGGUCAGGGAGGAGAAACCUUGUUUAUAUGCUAUCUUUGUGACUUUCUCAUGAGUGCAGUUUAGUAUUUCCACCAGUUCGGCUCGCAUGCGAAAGCUGCAGCAGUAUUUAAAUCUAACUGCGAAAGCGUUAUCACAGGUAUUCGAAUCUUCCUUUAUUAAAGAUGGAAGGUUGGGGGCAGGUUUAGAAUGAAGAGAUGCUCUACGUGGCUCAGAGUUCCUCCUAAGAGGUACGCCUGUGGCAGUCUUUAUUACUCUGGACCGCAGGGAAGUGACAGCCUUUGAAUUGCCUGGUGGGGAUUUAAACUGAAAUCUGAGUAUCCUUUGUAUUUUAAAACCCGGAUAUUUUUCUUUCACGGUUGACAUUUUUCUUGUACCGCAAAAAUCCGAGACUCUUGCUCAUUUAAACUGGCUAUAGUAACAGCGGUGAUUCACAAGGGUCUUAGUUUGCCAACAAUAGGGAUAAGGUUUAGUUCCACAGCCCUGCCUUUUCACUCACUUCAUUCAUUGGCCAAAUGAGUUGUUGGGAGUCAUUUUGGAAGUACACUAUUAACGCUUUCAGAGUCAGAGUUUUCUUUGUUUUCGUUUUUUGUUUUCUUUUUAACGACUACCCCGAACAUCAAGCUAUCUAACCCGGUAGCAAAGCGUUGUCUUCUGAAAUAGUUUAGAUGUGUAUCUUUAAGUCUUUUAGGUAAAAGCAAGUCACUAAAUGUAACUACACUCACGGAGAGAAGAAUUAGGCUCCACCUUUGAGGGAGGAGUAUCAAACUGAAAAUGAAUGGAAAUAAAUCUGGUGAAUCACAGAACCUUGUUUGUGUUUUCUGUCGAAAAAAUGAUGACUGUCCUAAUAAAUAUGGAGAAAGGAAAACUAAUGAAAAAUGGAGUCUCACUGUACAUUACUAUUGUUUGUUGAUGUCAAGUGGAAUUUGGCAGAGAGGUGAAGAAGAAGAAGGAGUUUAUGGUUUUCUAAUGGAAGACAUCAGGAAGGAAGUGAAUAGAGCUUCUAAACUGAAAUGCUGUAUUUGCAAGAAAACUGGUGCUUCAAUUGGAUGUGUUGCACCCCGUUGUAAACGAAGUUAUCAUUUCCCAUGUGGCCUUCAGAGAGAAUGUAUUUUCCAGUUUACUGGCAAUUUUGCGUCAUUUUGCUGGAAACAUCGACCUGUUCAAAUAAUUACAUCUAAUAAUUAUAGAGACUCCUUGCCAUGUACCAUUUGCUUGGAAUUUAUUGAGCCUGUUCCAACUUACAGUAUACUCCGAAGUCCUUGUUGUAAGAAUGCUUGGUUUCAUAGAGAUUGUUUACAGGUUCAAGCAGUGAAUGCAGGAGUGUUUUUCUUCAGGUGCACAGUGUGCAAUAAUAGUGAUAUAUUUCAGAAAGAGAUGUUGAGGAUGGGAAUUCAUAUUCCUGAAAAAGAUGCAUCUUGGGAACUAGAGGAAAAUGCUUAUCAAGAGCUUUUGCAGCACCAUGAGCGUUGUGACGUGCGACGAUGUCGUUGUAAAGAAGGGCGAGAGUAUAAUGCUCCUGAUAGCAAAUGGGAAAUAAAGCGCUGUCAGUGUUGUGGUUCUAGUGGAACACAUUUAGCCUGUUCCUCACUACGAUCAUGGGAACAAAAUUGGGAGUGUUUGGAAUGUAGAGGUAUCAUCUACAACUCAGGGGAUUUCAAAAAAGCCAAAAAACACAGUUUACCCAGUUCUAAUGCCAUAGGAAUUACGGAGUGUUUGUUAGAAGAGUCAUCACCUAAAUUACUCAGACAGUCUCCUGGAACCCAGAAUAAAGAUCUGCUGAGGCAAGGCAGCAAAUUUAGAAGAGAUAUUUCAACUAUAUUAAUAGAGUUAGGAUUCCAAAUUAAAAAAAAAACUAAAAGGUUAUAUAUCAACAAAGCCAAUAUCUGGAAUAGUGCCUUAGAUGGAUUCAGAAAUCAAAAGUUUAAUCCUGCAUACUCAAUUGAAGUAACAUAUGUUAACGAAAAUGAUAAUUUUGGAAGAGAGCAUCCUGGAUCAAAGCAAGAAUUCCUAAGUCUUUUAAUGCAGCAUCUUGAAAGCUCAUCAUUGUUUGAAGGGUCUUUGUCAAAGAACUUAUCUCUUAAUGCUCAAGCUCUGAAAGAGAAUCUUUACUAUGAAGCUGGCAAAAUGCUUGCCAUUUCUUUGGUUCAUGGUGGUCCUUCACCUGGUUUCUUUUCUAAAACCUUGUUUAACUGCCUUGUUUAUGGACCAGAGAAUACCCAACCAAUUUUAGACGAUGUUUCAGACUUUGAUGUGGCACAAAUUAUAAUCAGGAUAAAUACUGCAACAAAUAUGGCUGACUUAAACUCAGUAAUAAAUGAGUGCUCUAACUAUUUAGAGCUUAUUGGAUGUCUAAGACUUAUAACGACAUUAAGUGAUAAAUAUAUGUUGGUAGAAGACAUACUUUUCUACCACGUAAUUAAGAGAGUCCAAGCACCCUUUGAAAGUUUUAAGCAGGGUUUGAAAACUCUUGGUGUUUUGGAGAAAAUUCAGGCUUCUCCAGAAGCAUUUUGUAGUGUCCUCUGUCAUAAACCUGAGAAUCUUUCUGCAGAGAUUCUUAGUGAUCUUUUUACAGUCCACACAUUAUCUGAUGUACAAGCUUUGGGCUUUUGGAGCAAUUAUUUACAAGCUAUUGAAGAUGGUAAAUCUUCAACAACAAUGGAAGACAUUCUUAUUUUUGCAACUGGUUGCAGUUCCAUUCCACCAACAGGAUUUAAACCCACUCCUUCAAUUGAGUGCCUGCGUAUGGAUUUUCCUAUUGGAAACAAGUGUAGUAACUGUUUAGCUCUUCCAAUAACUAAUACAUAUAAAGAAUUUCAAGACAAUAUGGACUUUGCCAUAAGAAACACUCUAAGACUAGAAAAGGAAGAAAUUUGUCACUACGCAGGACAUUAAAAUGUUUCUUUGAACAAAGAUGCGUCUUUUAAAGCUGCUAUUGAUCCUUUCUUUUUGUUUCAGACGUCUGUCCAUCGUCACUUUUGAACUAACUUGUCAGCUUCUGGGUCCAAUAAAAUUUGUGUGAACAUGAAGAAAUGUUUUGGCCAUUUAAGCUAAAAAAACUUUUUUUUGUUAAAGUGUACUAAUCAAAAUUGGUGAUUUUUUUUCAUUGUCUUAAUAUACGUGCUUCAUAAAUUUCAAUAUAAAAACUUAUAGAAUGACUGUACAGACCUUCUUCAAGUAUAGUAGUAUGGUAUAUAUAAGAAAAAAACUGUUUUACUCACUAUUUUUGCAAGUUGUUAGCUGAAAGAUGCCACAAUAGUUUUUCUCCUUUUAUGCAAUUUUCAAAGUAUUUCUUAUUUUCUUUAUUUUAAAGCAUUAUAUAGAAAAGCUAAUUGGUUAAUUCCUCUUAUAUAAAUCAGAGGUGUAUAUUCUGGGGUUUCUGUUUAUAUAUGCUUUUCUAGAAUGGCACUAAGAAGGUUGUUAAAAAUGUUUGAAAGUCACUGAUUUAUAUUAAAACAAACCCACACUGCAGUUAGGUUAUGCCUAAUGGGAAGUAUUAUUAUAUGAAAAGCAGAAUUGCACAAUAUUCUGGAAUCUUGGGGCAUUCCAUAGGCUUAAAAACACUUUGGAGGUUGAUGUAAAAUGUAUUUGAAAAUGCCUAAGAAAGCGUGUCUUCUUUAAAGCCUUGGCUUUAACCAUAGGAUUUAUUAUUAUAAUUUUUUAUCCUAUGUGUGGUAUUAAACCACAGUAUGUCUGAUCCCCAAUCAUUUUAGGUAUCAAUGAUCUCUACAUAUUGCCAUAUGGUAGGUUUGGCUACUAGACAGUUAUUAUCUAGGUGGUUGUAUGAUAGGUAACCUGGCACCAAUGCAUUAUACAGUUAUUUUCUUUGCUCUUGAAAGAUAUCUGCUAUUAUAUAAGAUGUAGAAACAAAGUUAAGAAAAAACAACAAAUAAAUAGAAUGAAAAAAAUCUAAUCUUACCACACGGAGAUAACUUCUGUGUUUGUGUAUGUCCUUCUAAAAACUCUUAAUAAAAACACUUUUAUUUCCUUUCUAAA